GCCGCCAUGGCGCGAGGAGCCGCCCCACGGGACAGCUACCACCUGGUCGGCAUCAGCUUCUUUAUCCUGGGACUGGGCACCCUUCUUCCAUGGAACUUCUUCAUCACCGCCAUCCCGUACUUCCAGGGGCGGCUGGCGGGGGUCAACGGCACAGCCAGGACCCUCGGCACCAAUAGCACAAGCCCCCCCACUGACGUCUUCAACUUCAACAACUGGGUGACCCUGCUGUCACAGCUGCCCCUGCUGCUUUUCACGCUCCUCAACUCCUUCCUGUACCAGUGCAUCCCCGAGGCCGUGCGGAUUCUGGGCAGCCUGCUGGCCAUACUACUACUUUUUGCACUGACGGCAGCGUUGGUCAAGGUGGACGUGAGCCCCGAGCCUUUCUUCUCCAUCACCAUGGCCUCCGUCUGGUUCAUCAACUCCUUCUGUGCCAUCCUGCAGGGCAGUCUCUUCGGGCAGCUGGGGACCAUGCCUUCCACCUACAGCACCCUCUUCCUCAGCGGCCAGGGCCUGGCAGGCAUCUUUGCUGCCCUCGCCAUGGUGCUGUCCAUGGCCAGUGGUGUGGACGCCCAGACCUCCGCCCUGGGGUACUUCAUCACACCCUGUGUGGGCAUCCUCCUGUCCAUCGUGUGUUACCUGAGCUUGUCCCACCUGGAGUUUGCCCACUACUACCUGGCCAAGAAGCCCUCGCAGGCCCCAACCCAAGAGCUGGAGACCAGAGCUGAGCUCCUACAGGCUGAUCUGGCUGACGGCGCUGUGCCUUGUGUUGGUCUUCACAGUCACCCUGUCAGUCUUCCCCGCCAUCACAGCCAUGGUGACCAGCUCCACCAGCCCUGGGAAGUGGAGUCAGUUCUUCAACCCCAUCUGCUGCUUCCUUCUCUUCAACGUCAUGGACUGGCUGGGACGCAGCCUGACCUCCUACUUUCUCUGGCCGGUGGAGGACAGCCGGCUGCUGCCCCUGCUGGUCUGCCUGCGCUUCCUGUUUGUGCCACUCUUCAUGCUGUGCCACGUGCCCCAGCGCUCGCGGCUGCCCGUCCUCUUCCCACAGGAUGCCUACUUCAUCACCUUCAUGCUGCUCUUCGCCGUUUCCAACGGCUACCUGGUGUCCCUCACCAUGUGCCUGGCGCCCAGGCAGGUGCUGCCACACGAGAGGGAGGUGGCCGGCGCCCUCAUGACCUUCUUCCUGGCGCUGGGACUUUCCUGUGGGGCUUCUCUCUCCUUCCUCUUCAAGGCCCUGCUCUGAGUAACCCACUCCACCAAGAGCCAAGAGACCCAGCCCCGCCCCCGUGGGGAACGACAAGCCAGGCAUUCCCACGGGCAACCACUCGGGGGUGCUGUGAGGAUGGAUCUGCCGUGGGUCACCCAGCAACCAGGACCCUUCCAAAGGGCGAUGAGCAGGGGAAAGAGGGCACGGUCUGGGCACCGUCCACCAUCAGGACUCCUCGGAGUCAGAGGAGGGGCCAGCCCAGGCCAGGGGCUGCUUAAGUCACUAGGGCAAAAGACGCCGGGACACUCAAGGGGAGAGGGAGAUGAACAGGUCCAAGGGUCUGAGGGUGCUUGCAGGACCUGGCUCAGCACCUCCGCCUGCACGUUGCCGGUGCUGGCACUGCCCACAGCCCGAGCCUGGCGGGCCUGGCUCCGGGGAGCAGCAGUCGGCCUGCCCGUGUGUACCUCACCUUGCAGUCGGCCAGUGUCGGCCACAUCUGUGUUCUACGGGGGGCCUUCCUCCAGCCCCUGGACGUGCAGGAGGUUGGUCCCCAGGGAAGGACUGGGACGCCUCCGGCUCCCUUCUCCAACGGGUGCUGUGCCACCUGCCCACUGUCUGCCUCGGGGGCCGCAGGGCACAGGCCCCACACACCAGCCCCACCUCUCUGCUCUGUUUACCCUCCUUCCUGGGUCUGUUAACAGUUCCGUUCAUUUGUACAAUGAGUUUCCUGACUUAUUUUUGCCGAAGUGAUGUCAGCCUCCGUGGUGGGAAUGGUUGCAACCACUUGACAGAUGGGAUGGCUCAGGCCCGAAGAGGGGCAGGGAUUGGUAGGAGCUGGGGGAGC